CAGAAGAAAGAAACUCAUUCAGGUUAAAAACAACCUGAGAGUGAGGAAAUGACAGAAUUUUCAUUUUUGGGUGAACUAUUCCUUUAAUGUUAAUACAUUUAUUAUUGUUAUCUUGUUACAGAUCCACCUGAUCUGUUCAUUUUAUGUCUUUAUUUAAGUAUGUGAUUUAAUAUUGUGCGUUUUGUAAAUUAACAUUUAUUUUUUAUAUAAUAAGAUACUGUUUAUCUUAAGUUAUUCUAACGAGGGGCCCCCAAAUAAAAUUCUGCUUAGGGCCCAAUAAAGUGUUGGGCCAGCCCUGCGAGCAGAUGGCCGGACAUUGUCCUUCAGGAUUUUUUGGUAGACAGCAGAAUUAAGCAGAUGCACUUUUUCAAACAGGGCCAUGUGGGUUUGGAUUUUGUUUUCCCUUCAGAUUACAGAUACAGAUUACAUGUCAAGCCUACGCCAUAUUGAGUUUCAUGAUUAAACUAGUGAUUAAAAACACACUUCAUGACAUUAAAAUAGAUCAUAAUCGUGACACAGCAGUUGUCGACCACAUUUGAUGGGAUUAAAAAGACUACUGAAAUCAUCAGUGAUCUUGACUUUGGGCUUCACUUUCAGUUUCACACAAAGGAUAUUAAUAUUACAGCAGAAAAGACACAGCGGUGUGUUUAAGUGCAUGAAGUCCUUUACUACAGAUGAUGAACUGAAAGAGCACCAGCAGAAGAAGAGGCCAUAACCCUUUUAAGAGAGACAUGAAUCUGAUAUUAUUUUUUACUCUUUUUUUUCAUUAUCUUUCAUUAGAACAUCUAGUUUCCCUUCCACUUCUACUCUUCCAUGCAAAUGCAAUGUAUCUUUGAAACUGGGGACUUUGCUUCUCUUGAGAUGCUUUGACUCUCUUAUAUAAAUCUGUCCUAUUCAGUUUCAUUUUUACUUCAUUUUUGUAUUUGCUUUAAGUAAUGAUUGAUUAAACUCUAAUCAUUUUAUUUUUUGUCUGUUUUCAUUUUCUACUGAUUCUGCUUGCAUCAGGAAUAAUUUAAUAAUUUUAGUUCUGAAAGUCAUUUACCUUUGGGGCUUUCCAUGUUUUAAAUUUGGAAAAGGUUAUAGGUGUCACGAUCACCAUCUGUUCCUGUCACGUUCCUGUUCACUCCGGACUCCAUUUCCCAUAAUCCUCCCUGUCAAUCACAUGCACUCACUCCACCAAUCACCUGUUGCCACAUACAGCCAUGCACACUCCACACUAAUCACCACACCCAGCUGAUACUCAUUACCAGGACUAUAAAGGACUCACACACACACCACCUCACCGCGAAGUCUUGAUUACCCUGGUAUCACUUCUGAGCGUUUAUAUUCCUGUCUGCCUGUCUGUUGCCGUUACUGUCUGUUCCCUGUUAUUGACCCGUUGCUGCCUGUCCUGACCCUUGCCUUGUCUACCGUCCUGUGAAUGAUAUCUGCCUGUCCUCGAUCUACUGCCUGUACUCUGACCACGACUCUGCCUGUUCCUUGCUGUUCCUGUCUUAUCCUGAUUGACCCUGCCUGUACGACUACUCUUACUUCUAAUAAACGCUGCAUUUGGAUCUUACUCUGAGUCCCGCCUUCGUUACAGAAGACUUCGCCACUACCAAGAUCCAGCAGCUACCGUGAGUGUUCAGAUAUGACAGAUCCAUUGAGAACUAUGUCAUGGACUUUAUUGAACUGGCACCGUUAACCUGUUUUAAUGAGGAGUGCCUAAUGAUAUUUUUUCGUGGUGGACUAUCUGAUCCGCUCAGUGCUGUCAUGCCGCUACACGAUCCAAACGGGACGUUGGAACAGUAUAUUGAACAGGCUUUACUACUGAGCGGAUCUCCCUUUACUGUGGGUGUCGCAGAAGAACGCGACACUAUGCUUAAUAACAUAAUGGCCGCCGCAUCAAAGAACACUCACAAAAUGGCGGCCACCAUCACAACAACACCAGUCUAUGUCCCAGCUGAUCUCCAUGAGCAACGUCACGCCUUCGCUGAUCGCCCAGAGCAACGUCACGCCUUCGCUGAUCGCCCAGAGCAACGUCACACCUUCGCUGAUCGCCCAGAGCAACGUCACGUCGCCGCUGAUCGCCCAGAGUCACGUCACGUCUCUAGAUCAGUCCGGGAGCGGAGAGGGUUGCGUUCCAGUGUGACUGAUCUACCGCUGAUUUCAGCACGAGCGGCUGGCAUUCCUAAGCCUCCGCCGGCCGCUUCGCUCUCAAGCCCGGCGGCCGCUUCGCACUCAAGCCCGGCGGCCGCUUCGCACUCAAGCCAGCCUGUAUCUGACCCGCUCAGUGCUGUCAUGCCGCUACACGAUCCAAACGGGACGUUGGAACAGUAUAUUGAACAGGCUUUACUACUGAGCGGAUCUCCCUUUACUGUGGGUGUCGCAGAAGAACGCGACACUAUGCUUAAUCACGUAAUGGCCGCCGCAUCAAAGAACACUCACAAAAUGGCGGCCACCAUCACAACAACACCAGUCUAUGUCCCAGCUGAUCUCCAUGAGCAACGUCACGCCUUCGCUGAUCGCCCAGAGCAACGUCACGCCUUCGCUGAUCGCCCAGAGCAACGUCACGCCUUCGCUGAUCGCCCAGAGCAACGUCACGUCGCCGCUGAUCGCCCAGAGUCACGUCACGUCUCUAGAUCAGUCCGGGAGCGGAGAGGGUUGCGUUCCAGUGUGACUGAUCCACCGCUGAUUUCAGCACGAGCGGCUGACAUUCCUAAGCCUCCGCCGGCCGCUUCGCACUCAAGCCCGGCGACCGCUUCGCACUCAAGCCCGGCGGCCGCUUCGCACUCAAGCCCGGCGGCCGCUUCGCACUCAAGCCCGGCGGCCGCUUCGCACUCAAGCCCGGCGGCCGCUUCGCACUCAAGCCAGCCUGUUGCAACGCUUUCAAGCCAGCCGGUUGCAACGCUCUCAAGCCAGCCUGUUGCAACGCUCUCAAGUUCGCCGGUUGCAACGCUCUCAAGUUCCCUGGAUGCGAUGGAUGAGAUGGCUGCUUUGCCAGUGCCCACGGGCAAGAUGGCCGCCCCCUCGGAGCUUAAGGAUAUAGGGGGCGUUCCAGCCAUUGAGUCCGCUCCAGAACCCGCUCCAACCGGCGAACCCUCGCCUCAGCCUCGGAAGAGGAGGAGGAAGAAGGCUCCUUCUGUUCUUCCUCCUCUUACACCUGCGCUUCUUGCCCUGCCGGCGCUACCUGAAUUCCUUGCCCUGCCAGCACCACCCAAGCUCCUGGCCCUGCCGGCGCCACCCGAGCUCCUAGCCCUGCCAGCGCCAUCCAAGCUCCUAGCCCUCCUAACCCCGGCUUCCUCCAAAUACGCACGAAACAAACAGCCAUCUCUGACGUGAGUGUGCACGUAUUGAGCAGACGAUUUUCAUGAACACAUCCACAAACUCUUUCAUGUUCAGCAUUUUCACACAUAGAGCUUGUUAGUGUAUAAUACAGUUAUAAUUAAGGAAGUCAGGAAAAGCAUCCUCCCCCUUGUACUUAACAAUGAAUCCGUUUGAACUGCCGACCAUCGCCUGUGCUCCGUCAGUGUUGACUGACACCAGUUUAGACAUUGGCAGCUGUGUUUUGUUGACAAAGAUUAUGUGAAACUGUCUAAUUCUAUUCAGUGUAAGUCAUUAGAAUAAGGCAAAUGCCCUGGGUAAUGUAAUCUGUUGUGCUGUAAGUAUUAUUUUGAGUUUAGUGCUAAAAUUUGAAAAUUGUUGAAUAUCAAACAAUGAACAUUUAUUUUUAUUUUCCUAAAUUCCAUGUAGAGAUUCAUGCAGUACUAGCAACAAGCAUUUGAAAUUAAGCUGUUUUUUUUUUGGUUGGUAGAUCUCAUUUAGUUGAUCAUUUUAAAAGUAGAUCAUCAGGCAAAAAAGUGUAGGCACCCCUGAGUUAGUUUGUCUAAAUGAUGGUAGAAACACAAGAAUAGAUUUGGUACAUGGUAUUGAGUCAGCUAUAGUUUUAACAUUGGUUUCUGAAGGUAUAGCUAGUAAAUGUGUAUGGGACAUUUGGGAAGAUAAUAAUAUGGGUAGUGAUCACUAUAUAAUUUUGUGUAAGGUUGGUUUGAGUGUAAUAGAACAUGUGAUUUUAGCUGAUGGUCGUCCUCUUCCAUGAGGGGCAGGUCUGUUGGGAUGGGCAGAGUGGAAGGUUUCCAGCAGGUUUGGAUCGAGUAUGUUGUUGCGUGGUACCCAUGAGCGUUCCUCAGGUCCAUAGCCUUCCCAGUGUACCAGGUACUCGAGCUGACGACCACGGCUCCCGGAGUCCAGAAUUUCUCGCACCUCGUAGGCAGCUCCAUCAUCCAGUAGGAGUGGGAGGGGGGGUUUGGCUGCGUCAACGCCAGGCUCUGUGGAAAGAGGAACAGAGGGAUGGUGAGGUUUGAGAAGUGACACAUGGAAUGUGGGGUGAAUGCGAUACUCAGGUGGAAGUUGGAGUUUGUAGGUGACAGGGUUGAUCUGCUCCAGGAUGGUGAAUGGGUCAAUGAACCUGGGACUCAGCUUGGUGUAGAUGGAUGUCCCUUGUAGACAGCCAGACCUUCUGUCCAGUUUGAUAAGCGGGUGCCUCGGAGCGACGAAGGUGGGCUGUCAGUCUACAUCGACGUAGAGCACGUUGCAGUUGGUGAUGUGCUGGUGAUGUGCCUGCACGUACCUUCUGACAUCAGAUGCCAUGCUGGGCCACCAGAAGCAAUCUUUUAGCAGCGAGAGGGUUUCAUUGAUCCCCGGGUGACCAGUGCCAAGUGAUGUAUGGGCGGAGUGGAUGAGUGGGGUGCGUCGUGCUCUGGUAAUGUAUUGCAAGCCUGGUGGGCAACCUGGCAGAGUGUUGGUGGAGGCAUUGGUAGAGGGAAGGAUCUCCUCUGACCAGGUGAUGGGGCUGACAAUGACCUUCUCAGGCAGGAUGGUUUCAGGUUCAUCUGUGCUCUCUUCAGGAGUGUAAAGUCGAGAUAGGGCAUCAGCCUUAAUGUUACUGGAUCCAGGUCUGUAGGAAAUGGUUAAAUUGAAGCGGGUGAAGAAAAGAGCCCAGGGGGCCUGUCGUGGGUUGAGUCUUUUGGCAGCUCAAAGAUAUUCCAGGUUUUUGUGAUCUGUGAGUACCAGAAAUGGAUGUCUAGCUCCCUCCAGCCAAUGCCUCCACUCCUUGAGGGCCAACUUAACAGCUUGCAGUUCUUGGUUGCCGAUGUCGUAGUUCACCUCUGCCGGGUUGAGCUUGCGGGAGAAGAAGCACAUGGAUGGAGGCGGCUUGGAUUCCCCUGCUGCUGCAACAGGACCGCUCCUACUCCUGUUGUGGAGGCAUCCACUUCCACUAUGAAGGGCUUGUCUGGAUCGGGAUGGACCAGGAGAGGAGCGGUCGUGAAGGCUUCUUUUAAGGUGUUGAAUGCUUCUUCGGCAGAUGUUGUCCAGGACAGAUACUUGGGCUUGUUUCUCAGGAGACUGGUGAGAGGAUUGGAGAUGGAGCUGUAGUUUUGGAUGAACCGUCUUCAGAAGUUUGCGAAGCCGAGGAAACGUUGAAGUUCCUUCAGAGUGGUGGGAGUUGGCCAGUUCUUGAUGGCGGCCAUCUUCCCCUCGUCCAUCCAGAUGCCACUGCUGUUGAUGUUAUAGCCAAGGAACUGCAGUGAGGGUUGAUGGAAGGAGCAUUUUUCGGCUUUGAAGAACAACUGGAACUCUCUCAGGCUCUCCCUCCGCAACGUGGUGGCGAUGUUCGGCCAUGCUCCAGGAAUAAAUAAGGAUAUCAUCGAUGUAAAACAGGUGUCGCCCCACUUCAGGACUUUGCCGGUCUUCCAGGAGAGGAUGGGAUUGUGCUGCUUCAACCACGGACGCCCUAAAAUGACGUUAGCGGUGGAUUCCUCCAGAACCAGCAAUGAGAUAUUUUCCACAUGAAGUACACCGAUUUGUAGUAAUGGGCCGACACUCCGACAAACUUGUCGUCUGCUUACUGGCUUUCCAGUUACCGAGUGGAUCUGGUAUGUAGCAGGCAUAGCCGUGGUCUUGAGGUUGAGCUUACGGCAGAGGGCACCGGAGAUGAAAUUGCCUGCUGACCAGGAGCACCACAGUACAGACACCGAUUCAUGGGCUGGUUCUGGAGGGCUGACGGAUUCUGGCCAGCAGAGGAAGGUGUUGUACUGAGACUGGCCCUGGUGCUCUUCGAGACACGACUGCAUACGAGUGGCGAAGCGGAUGGAGAGUUGAAUAAACCGUUCAAGCCCGAUGGAAUCCUCGUAUGCAGCGAGAUGCAACCGCACUUGUGGAUCCAAUCCUUGACGAUAUGUAGUAAGCAGCGCUUGUUCAUUCCAUCCACUCUUGGCAAUGUUCUGAAUUGAAGAGCAUAUUCGUUAACAGACAUUUUUCCUUGUUUGUUAUUUUUCCAAGUUUCUCACCAAUAGAAGAAACCCAGGAGGGUUUUCCAAACACUUAUUUGAAAUGAUCGACAAAACUGGAGUAGGACUGGAUAGCUGGAUGAUUUUGAGACCAGAUGGAAUCGGCCCAUUGAAGUGCUUUGCCGCUCAGUUGUGUGAUCAGGAACGCCACUUUAGACUGUUCGGUGGGGAACAUGUGCGGUUGCAUCUUCAGGACCAGUGAGCAUUGCAGGAGGAAACCAUUGCAAUCUUCCGCCAAACCAGAGUAGGGCGCCAGUUUGGCCAUGGGACUGGCGUACAACAGUGUUGAAGAAGUGAUGGCAGUGUUUACGGAAGUGAUGGCAGGUGGAGCUGGCGUGGGUGCUGGGUGCUGGGUGCAUGGUGAGUGUUCGACGUAGAGCAUCGAUCAGGUCUUGGAAUGGGUCGGAAUGGCUCAUGCUUGCGUCUAACGGUGUUGGUCCGGUCUUCUGUUACAGUACAAAUGGCUCGGAGACAGAAGAUCACAGUUCAGGUAUUUAUUGACACAAGCAGAGGGAUUGUCGAACACAGGUGAGUAAUAGUGCAGUAAUUCAGAGUGAUAGAUGAAUGGGUAAUGAUACUGUCCUUUUGUGAAUUGCAGGGUGGAUAUCGGUGAAGAUUGCUGGAGCAGUUGAGAAGCUGGAGACAGGUGACACUCACACACAUGAAGGAGACACACGAGGUAACUUGGGAUCGCUGGAGACAGGUAAGUAACAAUGGAAGCCCUUAAGGUAAGCAUUCAGGAAUAGUCCUUGCUGUGAACGAGACCGGAUGGUGAGUGACUGUGUGAGUCUUUUAUGUGAGGGUUGAUUGAUGAGGUGAUUGCAUGCGGGUGUGAGUGAUCAGUACUCAGGAGAGGGAGUGCUCUGUGAUUGGUUGGUGUUGGAGCCUGGCGUGUCUGUGACACUCACGUCACCGCCGACAUUGUGAUUUUUAGAUCACACGUCUCUUUAAGGGGUGGUUAUGAGUACAUCAUAUGACUACUUCCACCAGGGUUGCCAGGUUUUCACAACAAACUCUCAACUUCCCAAAACUAGCCCAAUCGCAUUUAUGUAUUGAUCCCAUUAUAUAAUCGCUUUCCAGGGGUAAUAUUUGCAUUUUUGGCGGGGCUCCCCUGGUAAAAUUUGCAUUGCAGGGGCUAAAUAUCACAUUAUCUUGGGUCGAUUCAAACUGCAGACAUAAAAAACAACCUGCAGCAACAGUAGCCCAAUUCCACAGGAAAGCCACAGACUUGGCAACACUGACUUCCACCCUUUACCUAGUUUAGGGCACCAGUCUCAGGACAACUCUCUCAACAGGGGCUUUUCAUUCAUUAGAAUUGAUGUAAUGUACCCAGAGCCUCUUCUGUAUUAUCAGCACAAGGAAGAGACAAGUGUAAUACAAUAAACAAAAGAUAAACAAGAAUAACUAACACAACCACUAAAUGAAUAGCAUUGAUGGUUUAGGAAUAAAGUGUGUAAGAUACAUCAAAUACAAGUAAUUAAAUUUGGUGUGGCUAUGGAAGAGUUGCAUUAUCUUAUGGAAAGAUAAAUUGCUUUAUUGAAAAUAAGGUGGAACCUUAUUAUGCACCAAACAAAUAAACGAAAAUGUAUUUGUUACAUCAGCAAUAUUGCAUCCAUUGUGAAUUAGGAAAUUAUAUACUGAUAAUGUACAACAAUGCCAAGGUCUCUGGAAAGAGGUUUGGUUAGGUGAUAUUUACGUUCUUCGUGGCUUAUUCUGAUGAUGGAUACGACUUCCACUGGUUGUGCAGGGAGAGGAACCAGAAUCUAUUUAAACAUCCUUGAACACGAAGCUCUGUGGGAUGCUGAUCUCCUGGAGCACCAAAGGGUCCUAAAAUUUGAAACUCAGAUGAAGGUCACCUAGAGAGAGGGCUUGGGAUUUAUUUCUGGCUCUCUUCCUGGGCCUGAACAAACACCAUAUAUGUUUUUCAAUUAUAUAGGUAGUGUAUAAGAGGGGAUGACUGUCACAUGACAGGCUUCUCUUCUUUUCUUGUGAUGCUUUCGCUCUUACAUCUCAUAAAAGAGAUUUGUCAUAUUCAGUUAUACUUUUACUUCAUUUUUGUAUUCACUUCAAGUAAUGAUUGAUUAAACUCAUUAAUAAUUUUAUUUAAAAAGUGUUAUUGUCUGUUUUCACUUUCUGCUGAUUCUGCUCACAUCAGGAAUAAUUUCAUAAUUUUAGUUUUGAAAGCCAUUUACUUUCCAUGUUUUAAAAAGCCUCAGUUUUUUAAAUGCCUAAUAAAUUAUAUUUCACCCACACAAGACUGACAUUGAAUGAGAUGCUGUUUGUCUACAUUAUUAACAGUUUCACUCUUGAUAUCCAGUAUCAUAUAUAUACAUUUCAAUGAGUUUGUUCUAGUCAGUUUGAUGUUCAUUCACACCAUGAGGCUUCAUGAAGUCAGAACAAUUACUAUGAACAUUAAACACAGUUUUUACAAAAUAAAAUGAUUACUGUCUCCAUUUCACUACAGCUUUACACAACAAGCAUUGGUGGCAAAUAAGUAUCACCGCAUAAGAGACAAACAAUUGUCUUUCAAAAGUUUAUUCCUUACAAGAAAGGUCAGACAGUCUUACAGAGACAAAAGUUGCUGCGGAGUGUGUGACAAGGAAGGGAAGGCUUCCUAUCAUAUAUCAUAUAUAUAUAUAUAACAGCUGCAGCUUUUCACACAUGGCCACAGUCAAAAACACAUUUCCAUACCAUAUCUUGUUCUUUAGGCUCCAAACCAUAUUUUGUUUUUCCACUACUUCAAAAUAGAUCUACGUAAAGCAAACAUUACACAAUGUCCCAUAGAAUAUGAGUAAAAGCAUGAAAAAUUAACAAAAAAUGAGUUUUUCUUUCACAAUGUCACUACUAGUGCCUUCACUUCCAUAGAUAUUAUUUUGCGCUGUGUACUUUGAUCUUAACACCUUUAGCCUUAUUAUUUAUUAUUCUCACGUUAGGUAAAAUAAGUUGAGUCUGGCCUAAAUUAUACGCAUUAAUUUGACCUCCAGUAAACUCAACCAAUUGUCUGCAUGAUUUCCUUUUAAGUUUCUAAGAGUAAACAACAGUAGGAUUCACUGUUGUUUCAUCUCUUUAACAGGAAGUCCCCACACCCACUGAAGCGUUAAAUGCGUUAUAUGAAUCAAUAUGAAUUAUAUAUAUGAAGCGUUAUAUAUGAAUCAGUAGUGCUCAUAAACGGCUGUUGAUAGUAUUCUCAAGCAAAACUAAGGCUUUUUGCCCGGAAACAGCAUUCCUUAUAAUGUUUUUAUUAAUAAUGUUAUUAUUAAGUGUUUUGGACAGCUCCAUGUUAUCUCUGCAGCUGCACUGUUAUUUUUUCAGACACGUGACAUCGCUAACAGAUUCCGAUUGGCCAACAAGAAGCUCCUUUCACCAAUGAGAAACCUGAAACAAACCUUGGACACGCCCAUUACUCCGAGCUGCAGCGCCCCGUUUAUGUGUUCAGUUUCGGUCAGAGUCGAUCUUCUGAGGUGAGGAGAGCAGCUCACGAUCAACUUAAUUACUUUACAUUAUUAAACUGGAACAGAGACUGCUAAAUACAUCGAACCUGUAAUGAGUCAGAGCAGGUCUUCCCACAUCAGUUCAUCAUCAGUGAAGCUCCUCCCACAGCAGUUCAUCAAUAAAUGCUGGAAUAUUCCCAUCAGACGAGCAUCAGAGCUUCAGGAAGAGCUGAAAUCUGCAAAGACUGAGUUUAUUAAAGAGGACAGUGA